ACCUGUUGCGUGCUCUGCCACAGCUAGCUCCCUUCUUUCGGAGACAGGGGAUGCACGACUUUUUGUUUCCAAACUUCAUCUCUCUGAUGAACGAAAACGACUGGGAGAUCAAGGCUGCCUUUUGCGUCGAGACUGCGCGACAGAGCGGCAUCAUUGGCCGAGUGAGUACAGAAGGGUUGUUGUGGCCUUGUCUAGACCAAUGCCUCCGCGACUUGGCUGAAGAGAGGGUCCUGCUCGCCGCAUUGCGAGCGUGUCUUUUGCUUCUGUCGAGAGAUGGAGGAAAUGCAGCUGUUACCGGUGGUGAUAGUGGGGGCGAAGAUGUUCUUGAUGCUGUCGACCAUGAUAUUGAGAUGUCUACUCCAACUGGAACUACAUCUACUCCUAAGAAAGGAAGUGCGGAUCAUGAGUCCACCACUAAUGGAGCAAACACGACAACAAACAGCUCCUCUUCCUCGAGUAUUAGUUCGCACUUCAAGCAUACCGUGAUGCAGCAAGCACUUCUUCCGCUCUUGAUUCACCCGAGUCCGCGAGUGAGGACUGCGACCCAGGCGCUCGUCCAGCGCAUUGUAGCAGAAGAUAUAGUCGCGUAUCAUGCCUAUUGGCUGCCGCAGUUGCGACCAUACAUCCGCGAGGAAAUUCAAAUUACUGUAGAAGAUGGUGGAGGUGGUGAGAUGAAUAUGAAUACGACCUCCAAAGAAAUUGUACAUGAGCAUAUGAAGAACAACGCUUCUUCUGGAGGAUCGAAGACUACUUUUGAUGUGGCACUAUCGGCCAUCGAUCCUUCAGAAUUGAGAUGGCGACAGCCCGUGUCCCACGAGGGAUUUUUAGUGCUACUAGAUUGGCUACGAGAGGAAAUGACCCAACAAGGAGGCGGCACUGGACAACAAGGUGCAACAUCCGGCGCGAUGAACAACUACAUGCUACAGCACAGCGAAAUCGCUUCUGCCUUGCCACCAGAGGAUCGGCUACCGCCAGACGAGGAUCGGAUCUCCCUGCAACUCUUCAAGCCUUUGGUUUUGCAAGCGCUAAAAGC